AUGCGCGAUUUUGGCGCACUGUGUUAUUUCCAGAAAAAAGAACACUUAUCAUUGCCAACGCGGCCAACGCUUACGCUAAAUGGACCAAAAGAUGCGGAACGAGAAAAAGCUACAUUACGGCAGCAAUUGGAACGGUAUGAGUUGGAGGAGAAUGAAAAAUGGAACAAGGAAGAGGAACAUCGGCGCCGCGAACGUCUUUAUCAGGAACAGUUAAGAAAAAAGGAGAAAACAUUGCAUCAGGUUGGAAUAUCUGCAAGCUGUGGUCGGCACUUUAGCAGUAUCACCGGUGGCGAAAAAGGACACUAUCCUUCCUGUCUACACUUGUUUUACAGUUUUUUUUUUUUUGAUUUUCUUGAGAGAAGUAAUGGUGGUGAUCAAAAUGUGCGUGAAAUCUGCGAACAACCAGUCCUCUCAAAAAAAACUUUCAAAAGCAUCGAAAACAUUCACGCUUUGACAACAAGACGGGAUGGUGAUGAAGAUACUACAAGCAGCAACAGUAGUGGCGAAAAGGUACAAAAAUUGGAGCCGCUUACACCGCACCGUGUUGCGCUUGUAAGACAAAAGUGGGAGGCACGAAUGGCAAGUCAAAAUGUAAGUCAGCACUACUCCGUGUUUAUCGUUUUGCAAAAUUAUCUUUACCAAGUUACUUGCUGCUUUCCCAACGAAUUAGCAAUGAAACAAUGGGAAUUAAUGAAAAUUUCUUCAAAAGGCUUUUAA